GUUUAUACUGAUUUAAGUUUGGAACGUCAAAGCUACAAAUCGCAAAAUCUGUCUCCUUACUAUGUGCAUGUCUCCUGCCACGUCGCUUAUACCGUCGCUUACCUCGUCGCUAUGCCUCUAGCCUCGUCGUUCCACUAUGUUUGUACCUUUAUAUUUGUGUUUCGCGAUUGUUGAGCUAAGUUUUCAAAAUGCCUUACAAGUGCUGCGUUCCUAAUUGUGUCGGUAAUUACGGGAAGGGUCCGAAGGUACACGUAGUUUCGUUUCCAUUGAACGAAAACUGUCGUAAACGAUGGCUCAAUGCAUUCCCUCGUAGUGAUUUAUUGGUUAGAAAAUACACCCGAGUAUGUAACUUGCACUUUGCUGAGGACAGCAUCAUUUGGGAAUCCACCUUCCAUGACGAAAAGACAGGACAUAUCAAGCAGAAGAAGCCGAGAUGAGAAAUUGAGGGACAAGGAACAAGAACAACUACUUAAAG